ACUGGUCUUGGCAUUCUCUCCCCAAAAAGCAUCACGACUGACGACAACGACUGCGACGACGAUUCACUGUCGGCCAUACAGGGCUACACUACAAUUCUUCCUCCUCUCAGACACAAUUCGUGUUGUUUCAUCCAUUCACGAAAUAUUCCCCCAUCCUUCUUUCCGCCCUCCGCAAACCGGCUCCCACGCAAUAUUUUGUCCCCAGCUCCAAAAACCCCCUCUUGACCACCACAUGAACCGUCCAUCAUGACCUCCCGGAAAACACAGCAAGAGAUCGAUAAGACCUUCAAAAAGGUCACAGAGGGUAUCCAGGCCUUCGAUGGGAUAUACGAGAAGAUCAAGACGACAACAAAUGCCGCCCAGCGCGAUAAGCUCGAAGACAACCUCAAGCGGGAGAUCAAGAAGCUGCAACGAUUUCGCGAUCAGAUCAAGUCCUGGGCAGCAGGCAAUGAAGUCAAAGACAAGAGUCCGCUGCUCGAGCAGCGUAGAGCAAUCGAAACUUGUAUGGAACAGUUCAAGGCCGUCGAGAAGGAGAUGAAGACCAAGGCAUAUUCGAAAGAAGGUCUAUCAGCAGCGUCGAGGCUCGAUCCCCGUGAGAAGCAAAAAGUCGAAACGUGCGAUUUCUUGUCCAAUAUGGUCGACGAACUUCAGCAGAAGAUUGAGGCGAUGGAGGCUGAGGAGGAGACGCUUCAUAUACAAAUGAAGAAGGGCAAGAAGGAUAUCAACAAGUCAAAUCGGUUAUCGGAUAUUGCACACCUCACGGAACGCCAUAGGUGGCACGUCAAUAAACUCGAGUUAUUGCUACGGGCGCUCCAGAACGGGAAUGUCGAAACGGGACAGGUGCUCGAUCUGAAGGAGAGUAUAAAGUACUACGUCGAAGAUGGGCAUAACAUUGACUACUCCGGGGAGGACGAGACGCUCUACGAUGACUUGAACCUGGAGGUCGAUGCAGAGGGGCAGCUCGGAUUCACGGGCGACAACGAUCUGGUAUCGUCGCAAGAUACGCAGUCGCUGCAGGAUGAUGACCUGGAACCGAAGCCCAAGAUCAAGGCAGAGACCCCCGGGCCACGACGGUCAUCAACACAAAUGAAGUCACCUCUGCCCGUUCUUGCGACCCUACAUCCUUCCACGUCAACCAGCUCCACAAGCGGCAUGAAGCCCGCUCCUCCACCAACACGACUUCCCGGGGAAACUCUCAAGUAUGCAUCCGCAGCGGCAGCAGCAGCUGCAAGUGACAAGAAUGGCGUUGGAAUCGCUCCUUUGCCCCCACCCCCAGGUGCCAGCCCUGCAUUUCCCGCAGCAGUUCCCGUGUCGAAGCCUUCCUCGAUCGCCUCGCCAAGCGUCGCGCCAGCACAGCCCACGCCCAAGCUCGCAUCAGCUGCCGCACUCGCUGCGGAGGAACGAUCACGAACGCCCGCCUUCAGUAGUCCCAAGGUGGCUGCUGCGCCCGCACCAGUUGCAGAGAAGAAAGAGCCUCCCAGCAAAGAGCCGGUUACUGCUGCGACAAAUGGAGAGACUGACAAGCCGGAGCAGCGCGAUGCCGAAGAGUCGAUAUACCAUCUGCCCCCCGGGUUACAAGACCUGAUCCAAUCUUUCGAAGUGACCAAGAGCCGCGCGUCGACGAACCCAGCACCAUCGGCUCAACGACUUCUGGCAGCAUCGUUGACGACUUGCCCGGAACCCGCCGAUGCAGAGAAGCCCCGUCACUACAAACCGCAAAAUCCCUACAACACACCCCUCUACUACCCUCAAGAACCGCUUGCGAUAUUUGACGACCCGCGACUGUACGAUACGGGGCGAAUCGACACGGAUACUCUCUUCUACCUGUUUUAUUACCGGCAAGGCACAUACCAGCAAUUCCUGUCCGCUAAGGCACUCAAGAACCAAAGCUGGCGAUUCCAUAAACAGUACCAGACAUGGUUCCAACGUCAUGAGGAGCCCAAGGCGAUCACCGAGGAAUUCGAGCAGGGGACGUAUCGGUUUUUUGACUAUGAGAGUACAUGGAUGAAUCGGCGCAAGGCGGAUUUCAAAUUUGUCUACAAAUACCUUGAAGACGAGUUAUAAUGCGUGUACCAUGUGGAGCAGGUUACACUUUGAAUGCAAGAGAACUACUUGAUUGAUUGGUUGGGAUUGGUUUCUUCUGUUCUGUUGUUUGAUUCUGCCAGGAGUGAGUGUAUGUACGAAUGGGCAGCGGUGGAGUUCUUCGUCUAUGGGGAUUACCAUGGUUCUUAUUCAUUUCAUGAGAACACUGUACUCUUUAUUAUGCCAUGUUAUCCGGAGUACAUAGUAGAGACGACUGCGUGUUGCAUAUUGUAACAUUCACCUGACCGGAAUUCGUCC